UCUCCCAGGUGGGGAAAGGAAGGCAUUUGCUCUUCUAGAACCUGGGUGGGGCUGGAGCAGAGUAAAGUGUAUGUCCCCUAGGACGCCCUGUGUGGUGGCCCAGAAGGGAGCAGGUAGUGGCCCUUUGACUCAUCAGGGUAGCUGGGAGACAAAGUGAGGCCAUGCUGGGGUUCCCUCUUCUUCUCUCAGGGGCCUGAUGGGUAUAUAUGGCACCGGUGGGCCAAUAGAGCUGUGUCUCUAUGAUGCCACAAUUUCCCCAGGGAAGAAAAGUGUGUCCUGAACCUUUUGUACCUUUUGCCCAGCAGCCUACUCCUCUUCUGAGCUGGGCUCUGGUGGGUGGGUUUCUCGGGUCUCUUCUGAAUAGGUUUCCUUUCUAUUUUGAGCCCAGGGAUAUGCAGGGACCCUCCCUCCAGUCAAACUUACUCAAAUUUUAUUCUUUAGAGAACAUUACGAGUUGAAUUUUGUCUUAGUCUUGAGUUAUGAACCCCGAGUCUUGUGGAGUUGGGGAUAGAACCCAGAACCUUUGUGGAUGCUGGGCAAGUGUCCUGCCCUGAGUCAUGCCCCUGGCCAUGUAGACAACAGUUUGAGAGAGCCCGUGCACAGGAAAAUGGGACUCUCCUCCUGCUCAGUGUCCCUCCCUCAGAACCCCUGGGGGACCUACUCAGCAAAGCUGUGCCUGCAGCUGGCUCCUCCUAGGCCAGUAGUUUUCCACAUUUAAAAAUUCAUGACCCAUUAAAAACUAUAAAAAUCCCAUGCCCUUUGUGUUUUGUGAUGCAGAGUACCCUAGUCUCCUUUUCAAAAUAUGAAAUAAUAAUAUUGAUUCUGCAUGCCUUAGAAUAAAGUCCCCUCCUCCAGUUGAGAAUUGCUGUCCAAAGCCCUUAAAACUCAACACUGGCAUUAAAGACAGAACAGAAAUUACAGGUCACACCAGGUUGGUGUCUGAGCUUCCAAGGCUCUCUCUGCCCUUCAGAUUCUGGUGAACGAGGUGGGCACCAUACACAGGGCCUGCCAGGGAGAGAGGAGGGGACAUCUUUGGCACAUAAUUAGUUUCCAUCAUCUCAGGGGCUGGGGUGCCAGAGGUGUGAAUAGAAGGAACAAUUAAUACAACUCUGACUCCAGGGAGCUGGAUUGUAGCUGGGGGAAAUAGGAGCAGGCUGCGUAACCAACAAACAGUCCCGAGACACAGACACAUUUGCACCCACACAGCAUCCACAGCCUGUCUCACCCUUCCUACCAGACCUGUCAGAGCCACACACUCCAGACUGGAACUGUGCCUGCUGCAGGCAUCAGAUAAACGUCCUAGAGUGACAGAUACACACCCUGCUGCAGAGCCUAGCGAGAUCACUCCCGUGCCUACCAGACCUGCACACCCUCCUUCUCCUUGCCCCAAGUCCUGCUCUGCCUCUUUAAGGCCCCCACGUGAUAGCUAUGCUCAGUGGCCUACAAAGGAUUCUGACUGGUGCUAUUCAGUGUCUCAUCCCCAGGGAAGGGAGGGGAGCCGAGACAGACAGACAGCAGGCUUGUCCUGUUGUGGCCACCAAGCACAAGUCUUGGAUGGCAAAUAAUGAGGAGCCGGGAACUGUCCCUGCCUGGCUACAGUUGAAUGCCUUAGCUUCUUCUGUCCACACCCUCAAAUCUCCAGCUCCUUUCUUCUUAGAAGCUGGUGCCCCUCCCUGCACUCCAUCAAUAGCCCUGUCUUUUCCCAGGCCCUCUGCCUUCUCCUGUCACAAGCAUUUGGUCCUGGGGCUGUUUGCUCCUUGUUCCUUGUGACAUGUUUUGUCCCCAGUGUGACUGAGCCCCAGUGUAAUUUCUAUCUUCCUUGUCAUUGGGGCCCCCUGGCCAGCAAGCUGGGGUACACAGGUUGCUCACAGAGUGCUCAUGGAAUGAACAGAUUCAUUUGCUGGUUCCAGCCUGCCCUACCACACAUCACCAGCCUUGUCUCUGUCUCCCACGACACCAUACUAACCCUGUGUUCUUGUCCCAGAGGGCUUUCCUGGGCACUGGGCACUGCUAUUCAGUCUCAAGUCCCAGCAGCCUCCUUGCCCUUUUUACAGCUCCCUUACUGUCCAUCAGCCCCUCCCCUCUAAGAACUCAGCAGCUCUGCCUCCUGCUGGGCUCUCUGCUGAAGGGCAGGGUCCAGCCCAAGAGAGGAAGCCUGUGGUCCAGUCCCCCCAAACUCCACACUGGAGAAGGGUGAAGGUGGAGAUGCAUAUGGGACACAGUGAAGGGAAUCACCUGACGGUUGGUCCCAGAAACGCUGGAAGGGUGAGGGCAUGACUUGGCUGUUCAGGAGAGCACUGAGUUUAGCCACAGGGGCCUGUCCUUUUCCCUUCAACUCGCAUCCCAUUGGUUAGCACUCAAGGGAACCAAGGCUGGGAUGAGACUCCUUAAUCACAUCUGGAGCCCCCUGUUAGGUGAUGUAAAUUUUAAUUGCCUUUUUGUUUAAGGAGUUGAAGGUGUCACCAGAGGAGUAUGCUAAGGUCCCAGAAGGAAUCUGGCUAGUCCCUCUCCCCUAUCACCCUUCAGCAACCGCUGAAUCAUUGUAUCAUAUCAAACCACCGUUGUAUCAUUUAAGCGGGAGCAAAAUAGCAACUUGUCUGCCAGGGAGGAGCUGGAGAUGAUGCUGGGCUUCCCUGACUCACUGCCCACUGCAGCCCCAGUUUUCCCGUAGUGUGAGCCCUCGGUGCUCCAUCCCUUGUCUGGCUGAGCUGGACACCGCUGAGUGCUGUCCUCCUGGGUGGUGUCACGGACUACAAGGGAACUACCCAUACUACCUGUCCUGUGCUCCUCACUGUCUGGUCUGUCUCUUCCUCUGGUGUCGGUUGGCUUGUCUCUGCUUCUCCUUCUGGCCGCAUGAGGACCCCCUCCUCUGGACAGGAGCUCUCUUCUGGGUUCCAGCCCGCUGUGCCUGCUCACAGCCGUCAACUAGGCAGAGCACGCUGGAGUCCGCACCUACUUCUUCAGUGCUGAGAGCCCCGAGGAGCAGGAGGCCUGGAUCCAGGCCAUGGGCGAGGCUGCUCGGGUCCAGAUCCCUCCAGCCCAGAAGUCCGUGCCUCAGCCUGUGCGGCACAGCCUCGAGAAGCCAGACUCAGAGAACAUCCCACCCAGCAAACACCAUCAGCAGCCGCCUCACAACAAUCUCACCAAGCUGGAGCCUGAGGCCAAGACUCGAGGGGAGGGGGACGGCAGGGGCUGUGAGAAGGCCGAGCGCAGGCCUGAGAGGCCUGAAGUCAAGAAAGAGCCUUUGGUAAAAGCCAAUGGCCUCCCAUCUGGACCUGAGACAGCCUCAGAGCCUGGCAGCCCUUACCCCGAUGGCCCGAGGGUUCCAGGAGGUGGGGAACACCCUGCUCAGCCCAAUGGCUGGCAGUAUAGCUCCCCAAGCCGACCAGGGAGCACAGCUUUUCCACCUCACGAUGGGGACUCUGGGGGACAGCGGCGGAGCUAUCCACCACGUACUGACCCUGACAAAAUUGCCCAGCGCAAAAGCUCUAUGAACCAGCUUCAGCAGUGGGUGAACCUGCGCCGAGGCGUGCCCCCGCCCGAAGACCUUCGGAGCCCUUCAAGGUUCUACCCUAUGCCCCGCCGGGUCCCUGACUAUUACAGUCCCUACUCCUCCCAGUAUCCUGACGAUUACCAGUACUACCCACCAGGGGUGCGGCCCGACAGCAUCUGCUCCAUGCCAGCCUACGAUAGGAUUAGUCCACCCUGGGCCCUGGAGGACAAGCGCCACUCCUUCCGGAAUGGGGGUGGACCCGCUUACCAGCUUCAUGAGUGGAAGGAGUCCACCAGCUACGGGCGGCAGGAUGGCACCGUUUGGAUCCCCAGCCCUUCCCGACAGCCAGUCUUUUAUGACGAGCUGGAUGCCGCCUCUGGCUCCCUGCGCCGCCUGUCCUUGCAGCCCCGGUCCCACUCUGUGCCCCGCUCGCCCAGCCAGGGCUCCUACAGCCGUGCCCGCAUCUACUCCCCAGUGCGCUCACCUAGCGCCCGUUUUGAUCGGCUGCCACCACGCAGUGAGGACAUCUAUGCAGAUCCCGCUGCCUAUGUGAUGAGGCGAUCCAUCAGCUCCCCAAAGUAUGAUUACCUGGGAGACAGGCGGCCAGUCCCUGCAGGACUGUUCCCCUACAACUACCCAUCAUCCCCCACGGUCCACGAUAAGAUGGAUGAACUGUUAGAUCUUCAGUUGCAAAGAAACCUAGAGUAUUUGGACCAGCAGAUGAGCGAGAGCGAGACUCUCAUCAGCAUGGUGAACCGAAUGGUGGAGAACUCCUCUCCUAGGCCCCACCUUUUCAUGCAAGUCCCUGCAUACCCAGAGGUGUUCCGGGAUGGCCUCCACACCUUCAAGCUAAACGAGCAAGACACAGAUAAGCUGCUGGGCAAGCUGUGUGAGCAGAACAAGGUAGUGAGGGAGCAGGAGCGGCUGGUGCAGCAGCUACGGGCAGAGAAGGAGAGCCUAGAAAGUGCCUUGAUGGGAACCCACCAGGAGCUGGAGAUGUUUGGGAGCCAGCCCGCCUACCCAGAGAAGCUGCUGCACAAGAAGGAGUCUCUGCAGAACCAACUCAUCAACAUCCGGGUGGAGCUGUCACAGGCGACCACGGCGCUGACCAACAGUACAGCCGUGUACGAGAACCUUGAAUCGGAGGUCUCUGCCCUGCAUGACGAACUCUGGGAACAGCUCAACUUGGAUAUCCAGAAUGAGGUGCUCAGUCGGCAAAUCCAAAAGGAGAUCUGGAGGAUCCAGGAUGUGAUGGAAGGGCUGAGGAAGAACAACCCCUCGCGGGGCACUGACACAGCCAAGCACAGAGGAGGACUUGGACCCUCAGCCACCUACAGCUCCAACAGCCCAGCCAGCCCUCUCAGCUCUGCCAGCCUUACCAGUCCCCUGAGCCCCUUUUCAAUGGUGUCUGGCUCUCAGGGUUCUCCCACUAAGCCAGGGUCCAGUGAGGAACCUGGCCCACCUCGGCCACCCCUCCCCAAAGCCUACGUCCCCCUGGAAUCUCCUCCCACCGUCCCUCCACUCCCCAAUGAGAGCCGCUUCUGGCCAUACCCCAACUCCCCUUCCUGGCAUCGAAGUGGCGAGACAGCCAAGGGCCAGCCCAAAACAGGCUAUGAGACAAGCAAGAAAGACCCGAGCCAGACAUCACCCCUGGGUACCCCUAGAGAUAUCAACCUGGUACCCACCAGACAAGAGGUGGAGGCAGAGAAGCAGGCAGCUCUCAACAAAGUUGGCAUUGUACCCCCUCGGACCAAAUCUCCUGCUGAGGAGGAGUUGACACCAUCAGCAGUGGUGAGAAGGACCACGAAUGGACUCACCAAUGGCCUCUCCUCACGGCAAGAGCGCCCCAAGAGUGCUGUGUUCUCUGGAGAGGGCAAGGUGAAAAUGAGCGUGGAGGAGCAGAUGGACCGGAUGAGGCGGCAUCAGAGCGGUUCCAUGAAGGAAAAGCGGAGGAGCCUACAGCUCCCAGCCAGCCCAGCCCCUGAGCCCAGCACCCGGCCUGCCUACAAAGUGGUGCGCCGUCACCGCAGCAUCCAUGAAGUAGACAUCUCCAACCUGGAGGCAGCCCUGAGAGCCGAGGAACCUGGCGGUCAGGCAUAUGAGACACCACGGGAGGAGAUCGCGAGGCUCCGCAAGAUGGAGCUGGAGCCUCAGCACUACGAUGUGGACAUCAGUAAGGAGCUCUCUACUCCAGACAAAGUCCUCAUCCCUGAACGGUACAUUGACCUGGAACCUGACACUCCCUUGAGUCCAGAGGAGUUGAAGGAGAAGCAGAAGAAGGUGGAGAGGAUCAAGACGCUCAUUGCCAAAUCCAGUAUGCAGAACGUGGUGCCCAUCGGCGAGGGGGACUCUGUGGACGUGCCCCAGGACUCAGAGAGCCAGCUGCAGGAGCAGGAGAAGCGGAUUGAAAUCUCCUGUGCCCUGGCGACCGAGGCCUCCCGCAGGGGCCGCAUGCUGUCUGUGCAAUGUGCCACCCCAAGCCCUCCCACCUCCCCUGCUUCCCCGACUCCACCAGUCAACCCCCUAUCGUCUGACUGCCCACGGGGCGCCGACAGCAGCCAUACCAUGCGGGUCUGAGCUCUGACUGCAAGCCCUGGCUGAGGCCAAUGCUGUGAAGCUCCACAGAGCCACCUUCUGAUAGCAUCUAUUGCACACCUGGGGCUCUGGCUUCUCACCCUGGCCUCCUGCUCUUGCACCCACCAUGGGAACACCUCAGAGAGCCAGGCUGGGGACCGGGGCUGCUUCAUAAAGGAACAUGGAUGCCUUCAAGUUCACAUCUGCUGCCCUUGCCCUGAAGCCUGCACUGUCAUGUUAUGGUUCUAAGGCAAGACCUGGCAUGGCAAGGCCAAGAUGGCGUCCUCUCUGAUCCCCCAGUCACGGGGAGCUCAAGUGCAGUUCUGGAUGGAUUGUGUGGCCCUCCUGCACCAUUCCCCGUGGAGUCCAUGUGCUGGUGGGAAGCAUGCACUCAGCUAUGGGUGAGGGCUAGAAGUGAAGACAAGACAGACUCCAUCCCUUGGGACCCGUACAACACAGCGAGAGGCCAGCUCUUGCCAUCACCUUCCUCCCGUUCAGUCCCAGAUGCCCAAGGCUUUGGCACAGCUCUGCUGAUGGGUUUCCCAGAGUUCACUGGAGGCCAGCCACCCUGCUUGAGCCAAAGAAGAUGAUGAGUUCUAGGGAGAGGCUCCUGGACUCCCAGAGGGGUCAAGUGUGUGAUGGAGAGACGACAGCAGGUCUUCACAGUGUCUGAGGGCAAGUUGGAAGCAAGGAGCAAGAUGGAAGAGAAAAGAGGCUUAGAGUGAAGGAAGAGAAGGCAAACGCUUUUCACAAGCAACAGGGAUGUAAAGAAGGAGGGAAAUGGGAAGGGAGAAUAGGAAUGGCUUCCCUAGUGUGGAGCCUUAGGUCAGUGCCAAGCAGAGGAGCUGUCACCUCUGUACCUUCAUGUCUUCCUCAGGGGCAGGAGGCCCCAGGAGGACUCGUGCCAGACACAUGCCAGCUCCAACUGAGGUGCUUGGUAGCAAGGUAUGAAGUAAGGCGUUGUUAGAGUGCUAUAGCCUGUGAGAUGGUCCUAUCUGUGUCAAGGCCUGCUGUCUCUCUCCCAGGGUCAUAGGCAGAGAGAAGACGGUCUCAUAUGAAGUCUGUCAGCCUUGGGGCCUUACCUAGCCAGUUGAAACCUGGAAAGUACUGUGGGCUGACUGAGGUUUUCCCUGGGAGGAGGAGUGAGGAAUUAACUGUGAGGCCAAGUUCUAGGUCCUUCCUUCUCAUCUCAGGCAUCUAGAGCAGGGCCAGACGCUUUCCUCCACCCCACCUGCCCAGGGAGGACAGGACAGGGAGAGACCCUAGCAGAGCAGAAUCUUCCUCUAGCCCACCUACUGUGAGUGAAUGUAGCCAGACAGCAGCAAAGGAAGGCUAGCUUCAGACACCAAGCUGCCAGGCCUGCUCUGCCACACAUUUUGCCCAGAGACUUUCAGCCUGAACAUCAGUGGCCCCAGGAAACAACUGCAUCAGCUCCCAUCAAUCCAUCACCACUCCGUCAUGGUCGGGACAGUUACUGGUUCAUAUGCAAGUAAAGAAGACAAUUCUUUCAACAAAUACUAGUGAAGCACUCUCUGUGUAUCAGGCACUGUUCUAGGUGCUUAGGAUAUUGUCUUGCUUCUGAGGGACUCUGGAUCGGGAGGAUUCCACCUGUUUUUGCCUCUCUCUGGCUUCUGGAAAGUGCUCCUUCAUGACAUCCCCUAUCUGCAUAGUUCAAGCACCCCAAAUCUGCCCUUUCCUCCUUAAAGACUGGUAGAUGGGAUCCGCUCCAGGUUACCCUCUCUCCCCAUACCCUCUUCCAAAAGAAACAAAAUUUUAGGGCUUUCCCCGUCUUUGUCUCUCCUUUUUUUAAAAAGUGGUAUUUUUUAGAAAUACACGUGGAAUACCAAGAAAUGUCUUUGCCUCCCCACCACUCUCACCUGCAUUUCAUAAAGCUGGCUCUUUGUGUUGCUUUACAUGGCCUUAAUAUAUGUUUUAUGGAAGUGAUCAUGUCAUGGGUAUCCAUGUAAUAUAUUUGUCUGGAUGUCAACCCUUUCCUCAGCUCCUGCCCCAACCUGUUUUUCUGUCCACGUCAUUUUUAGCAUAUUCAAGCCACACCCCUUGCCUUUUUGAUCCAAAGAAGGGGAGAGGAAAGAUUUAUUUUAAAGGCAGACCUAUUCUAUGCUUUUGUUUAAAAAGCAGAUCUAUUUUCAAAAUGUGCAAUGUCUGAAAGGGAUUGGUGAUGUGUGAGGGACCGGGGUGGCCGUCCCUGGUCCCAGUCUGUGCCCCUUCCUCUGCCCCGGUGGCUUCCCUCCCAUUACCCAGUCAUUGUAAAGGGCUGGUCCCCAGGUUCGCCCGGACUGCAUCCUGCAGGAAAAAGACAUUCCCUCGAAUGUCCUGGUCUAAGAAUUUGACUUUACUGUCAACUUUAGGAAGCAGUCCAAGGGAUGCCAAGCACGUGAGGGAAGCAGGUCAGGCAUCUGAGGGAAUGUUUACAAGUGCAGACGUGCAGUCCCCACAUGGGCCUCUGGACCACCUCCCAUCACCCCUCUGUGAGAAAAGGCCAACAGGUUGCUGGCAGCCAUCUUGAAUGAUGUCAGUCUGCUCCCUGAGAGACCCAAGACAGGAGGUGGAUCCCUGAGAGUGGCUUGGGGACCCCCUGUGUUCUUUGGUGAAUACUAGGAGCUGCCUGGGCCUCUCACAGUUUCUCCUGAGCCCACUCUGUGUCACACCUAUUUCCCUCUAAAACUUCUUUUUCAUUGGAGUUAUGGCACAUCAGUCUGGCAUCCAGACUUGAAGCCUGGUUCCUGGCUGGGAAGAGCCCCCACAGUCAAUGUCAAAGCCUAAAUCUUUCCCAAGAAGGAGCCCUCUGUGCUUUGACAGGCUGGGGGCUGGAGUUCUGCUGUGGCAGCUCAUCUCGGCAAGCUUGCUUUCUGACAGGUGAUGUGAGCAAGGAGGUUGGGAAGUUUACAGACCUCUCCCCAGAUCUGAAGUGAUGUGUUUGGGAAUUUGACAGCACUUCUCGCCUGCUUUUGAAGCCUGACCCUCCAACUCUGGCAUUUGUUGGCCCUCUUCCCAGACUGGAAGCGCUUGCUGUGAGUGAACAGGACCCAGGCAUAGGCCUAGGGCUGAGCACCCCAUCUGGGGAAAGUCCUGGCCACCCACACAGGGCCUUCCCAGUGAACACAUUACCUCCUCCACCAAAAAAGCCAAAAGGCUGUGAUCAGAUCAGAUACUGCUACCGUCACUUUAAAAGGAUUGUUCUGAGGAAGCAAGCUUGCAAGCAGCAAGCGUGCUCUCCUGCCUUUGUGAAAGGCAUGUUCUUGGGGCAAGGCUACUAUUGCAAGAUGGAAUCCUUUCCUUCCCCAUUAGGCACCCUCCUCCUGGCAGCUCUUUAAACUAAGGAAAAAUACUAUAUAUAAAUAUAUAUAUAUACAUAUCUAUUUAUGCACAUAUUUGGGGCCAAUUUGGUUUGCUAGUGUUAGACAAUAAACCAUACAAGGAAAUCUAUGCUCUCAGUGUCUUUAUUUAGUAUGGAAGUGACCUUAGACAAAGAGUUAAGGUUAGAUGAGCAGCCUCUCUGUUGGGACCACACCGUGGUAGCAUCCCCUGAGCAUCUGUCUAGCUGACCAACCCUCCCCUGGAGAAGGGACGCCUGGCUGAAGUAGGUGAGAACUUGCUCCCUCCAUUCAGCGGCGGCAAUCUUACUAGAUUAGGUAUGGAAGAACCCCAGUGAGCUCUGAUUUGUAUCUUGCAAGUUUGUAUAAACCAAUACCGGAAAUAAAAUGAGUGGUUUGUA